AUGUACAAUCCUUACCAAGCGCCAGGACAAUAUGGAAUUCCAGGCGACUAUGGCAGUGUGUCUGGCGCGCCACCGGGAAUGGCACCACCACCUGGUAUGACUGCUCCAGGUACAGGAGCGCCUCCCGGAAUGCAGCCGCAAGAAGCUCACCAACCAGGCAGACCUGGCUCGUUUCCGUCUAAUUUCCAACCACCUCCAAACAUGCCCAACAUCAAUUUCUCCGCACCAGUGAUUCGACUAGGCACAUCAGGUCCGACGAAACCUGAAAGCGGUCGAGAUGAGAGGGAUAAUAGAGGCGGAAGAAGAGCAGGGCUGGGCUCCGGUAUGGGCUCGGAAUUUAGAGGCGGGGAUCGAGACCGAAUCACGCAGGUUCAACCACAAACAAAGGAAGAAAUUAUAAAGACGAUCUUCGUUGGUGGCAUCACCGAAGGGACAGGUGGUGAUGAGGGCAUUGAGCGCAUACUAAGAUCAGCCGGAAGUUUACGACGAUGGAUCCGAGCCACAGACGCCGACAACAAACCCUGCAAAUUCGGUUUUGCAGAGUACGAGGAUCCCGAAAGUCUAGGGACGGCCAUAGAAAUCCUGAGAGAUGUUGAAGUCCCUGUUAAGCGACAGAGUCCUCAAGAGGCAAACGGUGAUGAAGAAAUAAGCGUCGAGAUGUCGAAGCUGAUUAUUGUUGCCGAUGACAACUCACUAAGCUACAUCGAGCAAUGGGAAGAGUCCGUGGGAGGAAAAGACCCGGAGCAGGCUCAGAUGCGGCUUGAUCAUGCUCGAGAUGCAUUGGCCGCCGUGUUAAAGGACCUUAGCAACCCUACAGCACCCAUUCAGAAGGACGAAAUGUCGAGCAUCGACAAAGAAGGCGAUGUCAGUAUGGUUGAUGGCCAGGCCGAGGCAGCCAAUGGGGAUGUUGUCACCAUUCCCAUCAAUGUCGACGAUGAACUGUCUGAUAUACCUGCCGAGAUGCGAGAGACUGUCGCAAGAGAGAUUGCCGCUUUCCGAGAUCGAAGUAAUCGCCGUGAUCUUGAACGGCUCAAACGAGAAGAGGAGAUUGAACAGCAGGAGCGGAAUCGCAUUAUGAACGGAGAUCGAUACAAUCGUCUUGCUUCACCUCCUCCAAGUGCUCCAUCCGGGCCGGGCGGUUCUAACGGUAUCCCGGUUGGGCCGAAGGGUGCACCGGCGGGUCCGAAAGCCUAUGGCGCUCAGAUACCCAAGGACUAUCAGAAAGGAGUUACAUUUGUGAAUGGCACCGCAAUCAAUGGUGCUUCCGCAUUCGAAGACGAGGACACCGACGCUAGUGACGAGGAACUCGAACGGAGGCGACAGGCAAAGAAGGAUGCGGAGCUCGAGAAGCAGUAUCUUGACCAAGAACGACGGUGGCUAAAUCGGGAGCGAUCGCGGACCGCCGCCGUGGAGCGAGAGAAGACACGAGACAAGGACGACUCGACACGCCUUGAUGCCGCGAAAGAGGCUAUGGCUAAGCGCCUACGGGAGUGGAACGACGAUGUCGAGGCCUCGCGCAAGACGGAAGAGUACUAUGCGGACAAGAGCCUCUGGAUCCGGAACAGAGCGAGCUUCCGGCAGCGCGAGAUGGCCCACGACGAGGCAGACCGCGCAGCCGAGCACCGGGAGCGGGCGAGACAGAAUCAGCAACGUGAGCGUGCGGGUGCUAUGGCAGACGACUUCCUUAACAGACAAGAAGAGGAAAUGAAUCGGCAAGAGCAAGAAGAGGAUGACGAACGACCACAAACGAGUCGUCGAGAGCCUGCCCGCUUCAAGCUGUCUUUGGGUGCGGCGGCGCAAAAAGCCGCAGCGCAAACGGCGCAACAAGCCACCAAACGGACUGUGGCAGAGGUGGAAGGUCUGCUGGAGGACGAAGAGGAAGAUUCCAAAGCCGGCGGCAGACGGACCCUCAUCCCUAUUCAGUACGAUGCGUCUGCUACGUCGACAAUGACCGAGGAGGAGCGUGCGCAAGCGGCCCGACAACUUGCAGCGGAUAUUCCCAACGACAAAGAUGGUCUUUGGAAUUGGGAAGUCAAGUGGGACUUUGUGGACGAGAGUGUGAUUGAUGAACGGUUGAAGCCGUUCGUUGAGAAGAAAAUCGUCGAGUACCUCGGUGUUCAGGAGCAGAUGCUUGUCGACUACGUGGUGAACGCUUUACAGUCAAGAGGCAAGCCGCAGGAUCUGGUUGGUGAACUUGAAGGGGCUCUGGACGAAGAAGCCGAAGUGUUGGUGCGCAAGCUGUGGCGUAUGCUCAUUUUCUUUUCAGAAUCUGAGAAGCGAGGACUUGCGCCGUGA